GGGAAGGAAGAGGGAUGAUUCUGCUGCUGCUUUUUUGGCCACUUUCUUGUCAAUUUUCCUUCCUUUCUUUCCCUUUUCUUUCUGGUACAGAGGGGGGAGUGGCUAGGAGCCGAGAGCGGGUAUGUUUCAGGGGACAGAGCUACUCUUCUGAACCCCCAGGCAGAUUCAGCAGGGCAGACUCCAGACUGUUGCCUUUUCUCCACCCAGAAAUCAAUUUUGCAGGUUUUGUUGAUUUCCUUGUUGCAGGCUUUGGCAAAUCCAAAUGAUUUCCAAACCUUUUAUUUCUUUUGCUGCUGUGGCUGCUGCUGCUGGGGGUUGGAGCAAGGGAUUAAUGAUUUGCUUCUCCUUCAAUGUGUAAUUCAGGGAUAGGGAGAACGUCAGGCCUGGUCAUCUGACAUUGUGAAUCCUGUCAAUUCUGGCCACUCUGGAGGGGGGUUAUUGUAUUUUCCUCCUGCCCCGCUUCCUGCCCUGUCUUUUCUUUAGCCUUCUCCUCCUUCCCUAGCACUCUGUUUUGCUCACAAACAAUCCCCACCAUGAAUUCACAAGCAGCUUCAGGACAUAUAUGGCUGAUUUUCUUUUUCUUUACCAGCUCAGCAAAAGGGAACUUAGAGACACCAUCUUUCCAGCCUGGAAUCCUCUAUCAAUACCGCUACUCACUGGAGGUGCAGCUAGAUUAUGUUUCAAGGUUGUCCUUGCAAGGAAGUCGGAUGCGGGCUGAAGCUUUGGUUCAGGUGCACCUGCUCUGGAGAAAUCCUGCAGGGGAGCAGCUUCUCCAGAUCCAGAUCCAAGACCUAAAAGUCUACCAUGAUUCAAAACACAAGAAGAUUCAGAAUGUUACCGGAGACCCAUCCACUGAGGUUGUGCUGGGCAAAGAGGACACCGAAGAGCUUCAGCUGCCAGUUUUCCUCCACUGGAAUAAUGGGAAGGUAGAAGGCAUCUACGGAGAUAAAGGAAGAAGGUCCCAGACCUUGAAUCUGAAACAGGGCCUCAUCAGUCUCCUCCAAUUCCAGCCACAUUCUGGGACAGCAACUGAGGAGGAUGUUUCUGGGAGCUGUCAAGUCACAUAUGUUGUUUCCGAGGAUUCCAUUGUAAAGACAAAAGAUCUGCAAAGCUGCACAAGGCCAAAGUUUGGAUUCACCUCCGUUAACAAAAUUUUUGGAGUUCUGUGGCAACCCACCAGCAGAAGCUUUUACUCUGUACAAGGAAGUCUCAUCCAGUCAGUGCUGUCGGAGGAAAGCCACGUGGUCUCUCCAACCUUGAAGUCCUCCAUUGGCACCAAGAUCAUGUCAAGACAGCAGCUCGAACUUGUGUCUUCUUCGAUGCCUGGCCCUGCAGAGACUCCUGGACAAAGCCUUCAGGAAGCUCUGGCUGGCAUACUGGAAAAGCACCAGCCUAUAAGCACAAUUAGCGAGCCCUUCAAGAGGACCUGCAUACAGUGCCCAUCACUCAAAACAUAUUUGAAGACUCUUGGUAACAGGAGAGUCAAAAUGGAUGUCUCCAAGGUGUCGACAACCUGGCAAUUCCACAGGUUCAUCCAGAUGCUGCGUGGUGCCAAGAAGAGGGAUGUCCUCCAGCUGCUGAGGAAAGCUCCGGAGAAGACGGUUACCUUCUUCAUUGAUGCUGCAGUUGCUGCCCAGUCAACAGCUUCCUUGGCAGCUCUUUCUGAAUUUCUGGAUUUUAGCAACAAAGGGCAAGUGCCCCUGCUAGAGCAGUUUCUCUAUGCUGCAGCCUUCUCUCCUCGGCCCUCAAAAGAACUUCUGCGCCUGGUGCUAGACAAGCUGAAUGGAAAGGAGUUAGACCCUGCCAUCUGGGAAACAGGGAUAAUUGUCAUUGGCUCGCUAGUUGGCAAGCUGUGCCGGAUGAAGCUGUGUGGAUUGCAGGAAGUAGGACUUGGAAUGGAAACUGUUCUGAGAAGAUUAAGAGACACCAAGGAGAAUUCUGAGAUAAUCAUUUACCUGUUGUCCCUGCAGAAUGCUCUGCUCCCAGAAACCAUUCCUACUCUCCUGCAUUAUGCAGAGGAAGGGUCUGCAGGGGUCUCAGGUACAGCAGUAUCUGCCCUACAAAGGUUCUCCUCUCAGCAUAUCACUGGUGAGGUGAAAAAGGCAAUGAGGAGGAUUUUCCAUCAGAAAAGCAGAAACUAUGAAAAAACCUCUCGACUAGCUGCUGCUGAAAUUCUGUUGGAUAAUGAGCCUUUGCCCAUGGACCUCACCAAUAUCCUGCUGGCCACCAGAGACCUGGAAGCAGAAAUGUCAAAAUUUUUACUUUCGAAAAUCCAGACUAGUUUACAUUCUCACCAUCACCCAGCCAGGAAAGCAAUGAAAGAAAUUCUGAAAGAUCCACAGAUCAAUAAUUACAACUACCUCUCCAAAGCUGGCAGUUCCUCUUCUUUCUCAGGACCCUUGGCAGUCACUGAUGACAUGCUGUCCACUUUCAGUCUGGAGCUGCUAUUCACUGAGAGUGGUCUCCUGAGGAAGAGUGUCUCAGGUUUCAUGCUGCGAAGCCAUGGCCACCAGCUUCAGGCAGCUCAGGUCUCUAUUGAAGCCCAGGGGUUGGAAUCUGUGAUGGGAGAGAGUAACCCUGAAGGAGAAGAGGAACAGGAGCUCAUGGCUGGGAUGUCUGCCAUUUUCUUUGACGUCCAGUUACGGCCAAUUGUUUUCUUCCAAGGAUAUACAGAUUUAAUGACCAAGGUUCUCUUAAGCAGCGGAGAGCCAACCAGUGUGGUCAAAGGGACUGUCCUGCUGAUGGAUCAUGAACAGGCAAUUCCACUUCAGUCUGGACUGCAAACAGUGGUUAAACUUCAGGGGGCACUUGGGUUAGAUAUUUCAGCCAACAUUGAUAUGAAUUUAUGGGAGCAAGAAUCAAGAACCAGCGUCAAAACAAGGGGUGGACUGGCCAUUGAUUUCACAGCAGAAAUCGAUGCCCCUUUCUUUCAAGCCAGUGUGAAAAGCCAGACAGAGGCGGAAGCCUCAAUCAAUUUUGAUACGGCGGUGAGAUUUUCUGGGAAUCCUGUGCUCAUGUGUCUGCAGCUAAGGGAGGAGCAGCUCCCUUACAGAGAAAUCUUUACAAUCUCUGAAUCUUCACUGAACCAAAACAUCACUGUUCGCAAGGGGAGAUGGGGCACUAUUGCUGGACGUGAGCUUUCCUUGCACAGAGCCAACUCCGAGAUGUGCAAGAUCCUGUUGACAGAGGCAAAGGAGCAGUAGAGGAAUCAAUGUGUGCUGGGUCUGGAUUUAUCAUUCCUCCUUUUUCCUUGGUCCCAAAUUCUCAGUGAGCUGCAUCCAUGAGCCAGACCCAGGACUGAUGUGGGCAGCCCAGAACCUUUUCUAGCUCCCACAAGAGUCUGCUUUUUACUGACUGUAAUAAAAACAAGUGUCCCUAUUGCAAGAGAACAUGUUGAAAUCAGGGUGCCAAAUGUGGUUGGGACAUGAAUCCCUAGAGUCCAUCAAGGCAAGUCCCUUGUAAAGGGCCAGCUCUGAGAUGUGCAAGAUCCAGUUGGCACAGUAAAAGGAACAGCAGAAUUAACAUGUUCUGGAUCUGGCCUUGAGAAUCCUUAAGACACCAAGAAAGGAGAGAGGUAGAAUUUUCAUAAUCAUGUACCCUUCCCUCUGAUGGUCAUUCUCCAUAUGGGAUGGUCCCUUAGGGCACGUCUUCACUACUCGCCGGAUUGGCGAGUAGCGAACUAUCUAUCGGGGAUCGAUUUAUUGUGUCUAGUGUAGAUGCGAUAAAAUCGAUCCCCGAUCACUCUGCCGUCGACUCCAGAA